AUGGCUGUCCCGACCAAAGCUGCUGCGUUCGUGGCCUCGUCUCCGUGUUUCGCUGCCUUCCGCAGCGCGCAAGUGACGUCUUCACUAGCUGAGGGUGCAACCAAGAAGUACAUUGGCACGCACAAUGGCACGUUCCAUUGUGAUGAGGCGCUGGCUGUGUCGAUGCUCAAGUUGCUGCCGAAGUUCGCGGCCCACGACGUGUUGCGCACCCGCGACGAGUCCAAGCUGGCCCAAUGCGAGGCUGUCGUGGACGUGGGUGGUAUCUACGACCCCGAAGCGCUGCGCUUCGACCACCACCAACGUACUUUCACGGGCACGUUCGACCAGCGCGACACUAAACUCUCGAGUGCCGGUCUGGUCUACAAGCACUUCGGCCGCGAGAUCAUCCAGCACUUGGCUGCACCUACGACGCUAGACGACGCUACUUUGGAUAUUCUACACCAGAAGGCGUAUAAGAACUUUGUCGAGCACAUUGACGGCAUCGAUAACGGCGUUGAGGUGGCUACUGCUGGAGAUGCCAAACUGACCUACAACUAUCAGGUGUCCUCCACUCUGAGCAACCGUGUGGGCUACUUGAAUCCGCGCUGGAAUGAGGAUCAGAGUGAGAAGCGCGUUAAUGAACAAUUCCAACAGGCCAUGUACAUGACCAUCUCUGAGUUCACUGACGCCAUCCACGACCUCGUGCACUCAUGGCUGCCUGCCCGCGAGAUCGUGGAGAAGGCUGUGUCUAACCGAUUCCAGACGCACAAGUCCGGCGAGAUUGUGCACUUCCACGAGUAUUGCCCGUGGAAGUCGCACCUGCACGACUUGGAAAAGAAGCUCAUGAUCCCCGGUCAGAUCAAGUUUGUGCUCUACAACGAUGCUACAGGCAGCAUGACGCGCGUCCAGGCGCUCAAUGUUGAGCCAGGCUCAUUUGCACUGCGCAAGGGACUGCUCCAGGCCUGGCGUGGCCUGCGCGACGACGAGCUAUCGCGUGUCUCGGGCGUCGAAGGCUGCACCUUCGUGCACAAUGCCGGCUUCAUCGGCGGCAACCGCACGUUUGAGGGUGCACUCGAGAUGGCCGCCAAGUCGCUCGAGGCUCCUGAGGAGACCAAGUAA